AUGGCCAGAGUGACGGGAAUUCCUAUUUCUUAUAUCUCUAAAAGAGGACAGCAAAUCAAAGUUGUGUCUCAAUUGCUCAGAAAAGUGUUUUUUGGAGCUAAACUUGAGCUCAAAUCAGAGACAGAUCCAGUUCGGAGACAAAUUCUAGAUGGGAGACAACUUGCUUUAAAACUCUCGGCUAAUUCUGUCUAUGGGUUCACUGGGGCACAAAACGGGCGUCUGCCUUGUUUGGAAAUAUCUCAAAGUGUGACAUCUUAUGGUCGAGAAAUGAUCGAAAUGACUAAAAAUGAGAUUGAACUUAAAUAUAAUAUUCGAAAUGGAUAUGAGUUUGAUACUAAGGUUAUCUACGGAGAUACUGACUCGGUGAUGUGUCGGUUUGGCUUUCAAGAUGUCCAAAGGACCAUGGAAAUGGGUUUUGAGGCAGCCAAGUAUGUCUCCUCCCGAUUUCCCCCUCCAAUCAAUUUGGAAUUCGAAAAAAAAUGCAUUGAAAAGUUGGCUAUCGAAGACGCAACUCAGUCUUAUAUACAAUCAGUUGUAUUGAAGAAAGCAUUGGAGAGUAUGAUUGUUGAGCAUAGGCAUGGGAUCAGAAUCACUGAUGAGGAGAUAAAUUCAGCCAGUAGUCUCUUAAUUGAAGCAAGUCAUUCGUAUGAAGAUAAUAUGUAG